AUGGCAUCCAGGAGGAUCGUCGACGACGACCCUACGGUAGACCUCAAGAAGGGCAUGCUUGAUCACUUCAAUCGUGGUCUGCGAAAAGAUGCAUCCACAGAUGUCAUAGUAUUCUGCGGAGGCCAUGCAUUCCAUGUGCACCGAAAUAUCCUGACCUGGCAAUGCAAAUUCUUUAGAAACGCAUUCAAUCCUGCUCUCGGCUUCAAGGAAGCCAUAUCUGGAGAGAUUGAGAUGAAUGAUGAUUACCACGACAACGUCUUCGCCCUUCUCGAGUACCUCUACACCUACGACUACAAGGUGGUAUUGUACGGCGAAGAACGUGGCCCAGUAGCCGAAUUGCGUUUCCAUGUCAGAAUCUACGCCACUGGAGACCGCUAUGACGUCCCAAAGCUCAAGAGCCUCGCACUGGCAAAGUUCAAGAAUACUCUGGAGCACUCGCGGAUCCACGAGGUGGAGGACACUUUCUACAAAGUGUUGAGGGACAUCUACAAAACGACGCCAGAUACUGACCGUAGCCUUCGAGAUAUCGUGCUUCAGUUCUGCGCAAGCCAUAGUAACAUAGUGCUUGGGAAGCGGAAGUUUGUGAAGACGAUGGAUAAAAUCCCUGGAUCCUGGAAAGAAGUAUGCCGGAACAUACUGGAGGUCGUGAAUGAGGACCCCAAGCUCUAUAAAUGCUCCAACUGUGGACUCAGCGACGAGUGUUGUUCAGCAUGUGAGCCUUUUUGCAACAACUGCGGGAGGGUAUUUUCGUCUGAGGAUAUUGUGGUGGACUCUGAUGAGGAUUCCGACUCCUCUUUUGAGGGCCUUAUCAAUCACAGCCAGACUCAAAGUGCGGAUCAGCACAUUGCACGACCGCGUGGCGGUGCUGGCCGCGCACAGGAUAUGGCACCCCCGCCCACCUCGACCACAGCUCACCAAGAGCUCACACUCCGGGAGGCGUCGGGCCAAUCAUCGUUGGAAGACCGUCUUCGGAAGAGAAGGCUUGUCGAGAGUAACACAGACAACGGAGAUUUACUUUAG